AUGGCGGAGGCAGCAGUUGGACUCGAGAGAGGUGCUGGGUGCUUUGAGAGAGCCGUGUCCUGCUGCCUGAGGCAACCGCCAAGCCUGCUGGGCAGGGAGAGAAGAAAGUUUUGUUUCAUAAUAUUAAAACAGGAUCCAAAUGAAGAUACUGAAUGGAAUGACAUACUGAGACAUUUUGGAAUUCUACCUCCAAAAGAAAAACCGAAAGAUGAAAUUGAAGAAAUGGUUUUACACUUGCAGAAAGAAGCAGAAGUGAAACCGUAUGAAAGAAUGACUCUUGAAGAACUGAAGGAAGCUGAAGAUGACUUUGAUGAGACUGAUAGGAAAGCUAUUGAAAAGUACAGGCAGCAACGCUUGCAAGAAUGGAAAUGUCUUCAGAGGCGGCAAAAGUAUGGGGAGCUAAGAGAAAUUUGUGGAGAGCAGUAUGUAAAGGAAGUUACAAAUGCUCCAGAGGAUGUUUGGGUUAUAAUUCAUCUUUAUCGGUCAAGCAUGCCAAUGUGUUUACUGGUUAACGAACAUCUCAGCCUGCUAGCCAGAAAGUUUCCAGAAGUCAAGUUUCUCAAAGCCAUUGUAAACAGCUGCAUUCAGAAUUAUCAUGACAGAUGUUUACCCACAAUACUUGUAUAUAAAACUGGUGAAAUAAAAGGCAGGUUCAUUGGAGUAGCUGAAUGUGGGGGAAUAUAUCUUAAAGUGGAAGAGCUCGAAUGGAAACUAGCAGAAGUGGGAGCAAUAGAAACUGACUUAGAAGAAAACCCCAAAAAGGACAUUAUUAAUAUGAUGACACUGUCAGUGCAAAAUGUUUCUGCUCAUGAAGACACCAACACAAAAAGCAGUGAUGUGUUGAAACCAUGUAUUACUUGA